AUGCUUCCCUCACAACAUCCUGAAAUUGUUUUACUGGAUGAUGAUGAUGAUGAUGGAGAGGAUGAUGAACAAAUAACACCGAUUCAAUCAUCGCUUCCAUCAUCUGCUCAUCCUGUCUUUCCGAACACUUUAACCCGGCUCUUCCAAUCGAGCACAAAUCAACAACAGUCAUCGGAAAGUAUCUCCAAUCAUCUGUUGAAUAGUAUUCAAUCCACAACAACAAAUUCUAUUAGAAGUAACCCCGUUAUGUCAUCCGUUGAUCCAACGUUUGAUGGAGGCUAUGAUACCAUAAGAAAGUUUACAACUCACAUUUGCAAAGCAAGCAGCAGUAACUCAAGUACUAAUUCUGGUAAUGCGACAAGUGCUAGUGAGGACUCUUCAUCGUACUAUGUUACUGGUAGCAAUGCAUUUGGUAUGCUCGGAAUUGGAAAUAUUGUUUCUGAUAGUUCAAAGGUUACGUCUUUUACGCGUAUGAACAACCCUGCCAUUGUGCCAUCAAAUAUUAAAAUCAUGGCUUGUGGACAUUAUCAUACUAUAGCCAUCACGAAAGACAAUCAAAUCUAUGCAUGUGGAAAGAAUAAUUACGGCCAACUUGCAAUGGGAAAUCUCACAAAAGUAUUUCCAAUUUUCAAAAUGGUAGAAUCUAGCAUGAAUGGAAUACCAAAAGAAUUAAUUAGAGACGUAAAAUGUGGCAGAUAUCAUACCAUGUUCAUUACAGAUCAAGCUACAGAUAAUGUGUGGGUUUGUGGAAAAAACAAAUCUGGCCAAAUGUCACUUCCUUCAGCCAAUAUUUAUCCUUCUCCCACUCGCCUUGUAGCUCAAUUUUCAGGAAAAAUUUUGUUUGCUUCUUGUGGAUCUGAAUUUACAUUUAUCAAAACCACCGACGGUGUGUAUUCGUGUGGAGAUAAUUCAAGAGGUCAAUGUGGACUUGGAGUGGACACUCUCCAAGUGAAAUCCUUCAAACCACUCAAAACAAGCUUUUCUAGACUCAAUAUUGUACAGAUAGAAUGUGGAGAAUUUCAUUCUCUGUUUUUAACCGCUUCAGGAGAAUUAUGGGGCUCUGGUACAAGUGUGAAUGGCCAACUUGGCUUUGAUCCACAACUACUAGGUAAACAAAGUGUGAAUAACCCUAUCAAAAUUGAUACUCCCUCAAUGAGACAAUUAAGCAAAUAA